AUGGAAAGAAUUUGCAAUCUUCUGUUUGCUCUUGCAGUUUUCAUUAUGCUUCAUCAUCAUACUUCUUCACUUGCUAAUAUUUCCACCGAUGAAGCCGCUCUUCUUGCACUGAAAUCGCACAUUUCUUCUGAUCCUAACAACAUCCUAGCAAGAAACUGGUCUUCUUCCAGCCCAGUUUGCAGCUGGAUUGGAAUCACUUGCAGCUCCCGCCACCACCGAGUCACUGCUUUAGACAUUUCUAGCAUGCAACUUCAUGGUACCAUACCUCCACACCUCGGAAACCUCUCAUUUCUUGUUUCCCUCAACAUUCAUAACAACACAUUCCAUGGAGAUUUUCCAAAAGAGUUGACCCAUUUAAAAAGGUUAAAAUCGAUUAGUGUCACAAGAAAUAACUUCACUGGAGCCAUUCUAUCAUCUUUAAGUUUGUUACCAAACCUACGCUUUGUGUAUCUUUCAAUGAAUCAAUUUUCGGGAGAAAUUCCUUCUUCCGUUUCUAAUAUAACAAAGCUGGAAGUGUUGAGUAUGCAAAGUAACUUUCUAGAAGGAGAGAUUCCUCGAGAAUUUGGUGAUCUUCGCUAUCUGACCUUUUUAGAUCUGCAAUAUAAUCAACUUAGUGGCUCUAUACCAACAUCAAUCUUCAACAUUACAACGAUGAAAAUCCUUGGUCUUACCUAUAACAAUCUCACUGGUCAGCUUCCAACAACUAUAUGCAACCAUCUUCCAAAUUUGGAAGGGCUUUACCUCUCAAAAAACUACAUAGGUGGUGUUAUACCACCGAACUUAGAAAAUUGCAGAAAGCUUCAAAACUUGUCAUUGUCUUACAAUGAGUUUAUUGGAAUCGUUCCAAGAGAGUUAGCUAACCUAACAGCUCUUACGCAAUUGUAUAUUAGAGCUCUGCAUUUAGAAGAGAAUCAGUUUAGUGGCUCAGUCCCUCCAACUAUUUUUAACAUGUCAGCGCUGCAGCUUCUAGGACUUACAGAAAAUAAGUUUUCAGGUACUCUACCUUUAGAUUUAGGCUGUGGAAUGCCGAGCCUAGAACAACUCCUUUUUGGAGUAAAUAAUCUUAGUGGUUUUAUCUCUGAUUCAAUCUCAAAUUCUUCAAGACUCAGAAUGCUUGAUCUCUCAGGCAAUAGUUUCACAGGUCCAAUUCCGGGAUCACUUGGUAACUUAGAGCACCUUGAGGUUCUGAGCUUUUCGGGAGAUAAUUUUGUCAGUGAUUCAACAUUGAGCUUCCUCACGUCGUUGACAAACUGUAGGAAUCUAAGAGUACUCUGGUUUGAUGGAAAUCCAUUGGAUGGUGUUUUGCCUGCAUCAGUUGGUAAUUUCUCAAACUCACUGCAUACUUUUAGAGCAAGUGAUUGA